AAACACUCAUGUGUUAUUUUGACACUUGUGACACCUCACCAAAUGUUCUUCUUAAAAACACAUAUUUAACUGUUAUAAAGUACUAAUAUGGCCAGUCCAAGAACUAGACGUGUCUUGAAAGACCUUAAACUUAAAGAUGAUAACAACGCAUGUUUUGAGUGCGGGACUUUGAAUCCACAGUGGGUGAGUGUAACAUACGGAAUAUGGAUUUGCUUGGAGUGUUCUGGCAAGCACAGAAGCCUGGGUGUACAUCUCAGUUUUGUUCGUUCUGUGACAAUGGAUAAGUGGAAAGACUUGGAGCUCGAGAAGAUGAAAGCUGGUGGCAACAGGAAAUGCAAAGAUUUCUUCAGAUCCCAAGCAGACUAUAAGGAGAACUGGUCUCUACAAGAGAAAUAUAACAGUCGUGCAGCAGCCCUUUUUAAAGAUAAGGUUGCCACUAUGGCAGAAGGUAGACCUUGGAGUGAAGAGACGUCCUCCGCCAGACAUCACAAACCGUUCAUGGCAUCGUCUGCCUCUCUGAAAACAUCCGCCAGCUACCCACGCAUGAGUGCACAACACACUGACAGCGCCUCCGGGGCAACCAAUGGAGGGUACCAAGACUCAUUUUCUAGCGAUGAUAUAAAGAAACACAAGGAGGACUUUUUCAGUCGGAAACAGAUGGAAAAUGCAGAUAGAAGAGAUGAUUUACCACCAAGUCAAGGGGGGAAAUACGCUGGAUUUGGAAACACAAUGGAAAAGAAAAAGGAAGAUGAUUUCUUUGAAAAUACAAUGUCAAGUUUAUCCACAGGUUGGUCAGCCUUUGCAUCUGGAGCAUCAAAAUUUGCAGCUGUUGCCACUGAAAAGGCCUCCAAAGUUGCCCAUGUAGCUAAGGACAAAACUCUAGAGCUGACCAGCACUGUCAACGAGACUGUUUUGAAACCAACCAAAGAAAAGGUGAAUCAAGGCACACUGCUGAAUGACGUUGGAGAAUCAAUGAGUGGAUUUGCCUCAAAGCUGUCGUCUGUGGGUGCCAAGGGCUGGGGUAACCUGCAGAGCCUGUGGGGGGAGCCCAAGACCACCCUGAACACAGUGGACACGAGCCCGGGCGAGAAAUCAUCACUCCUGGGCGGGGGAACACCCACACACCAGGGAGACAGUCAGCGCAAGCUUCUAACAGACGAGGAUGAUUGGGGCGGGUGGACAGACGACAAGACGAACUGGAACGAGAACCAGCAAGAACAGGCACUUGAGGACUGGCUAAACGACGACGACAAAUCAAAGUCUACCAAAAAUAAGGCUGCUAAAAAUAGGAACACUGAUCCUGACGGGUGGAAUGAUAGCUGGAAUGACGUAGAUGGGAAGCAGAAGAAGUCGAUAAAAUCUAGUCAAAACAUGAAAAAGAAGGAGUACAUGAAAACACAGUCUGCUGACAGUGAUGACUGGAAUAAUGGAGACUGGGAGCCGGUGAAAGUGUCGGCGGCGAAACCUAGUAAGAAACCAACAAAGGAGGCCAAAGAACCUCUUGUGGGCAAUUUGUUGGACUUGGAUAUCAAUGAAUCUAGCAAUAGUGUACGAGACAAUGAGGCAAACAACUGGGACAAUGAUACUUGGGCGGACGGUGAGGAUGAAGAGUGGCAAUCACUUGAACUGGACAGUAAGAGUAAGAGUAAAUGAAAGAGACCGGUCUUAUAGUCUCCGUUGUUUAGUAUAGUAACUUGUUAUAAUUCCAGCUGAAGUUGUUGUGUACCCUGUGGUGUUACAAGAGUCGGAGGCAGAAAGAGAUCUAUAGAGAAUACUCUCAUCAAAUGUUAUAACCCCAUGGAAAAAUUGUUGUAUUUUCUGUAUUGAUAAGAAUUGCAGCUGGAUAUGAUUGCAAUAAUUAUUCAAUUUAUAUUUCAAAAUGUUUAAAGGAUCGUUUAAGAAUUGUGUUAACUUUGGCCAGCUUAGAUAUUUCAUUGAAAAGAUACAGCAUUUUCAGUCUGUGACGCAUUAUGACAUUUUCCUGGUGUGUUAGGGACAGUUUAAAACUAUCAGUAUUUAUUUGUUGUUUUCUCAUGUGUUACAGUCUGCAUUUAAGUUAUAAACAUUCUUCUAUACAUUUGUGGCACAAUGUUAGGGAUGUUUGUAUGGUUAUAAAUCACUAGUUUUCAGAGUGAAUACAGAGGCACUUAACAGCUGAUAUCUUGGUAACAAGCAAAUGACAGUCACAAUGAUGUAAAAGGUUUUUAGACCUAUCAAAUAAAUAUUAUAUUGUAACAACAUUUUGAUUUUUGUCAUUCCAAACAAAUAUUGUAAGUUGUUUUGAUCAUUCCUUGAAUGAAUACAAUAGGGGACUCUUGUGCGAAACAAAUCUGUACACUUGUUUUCUGUCUUACAUGGCAUUCAUGGAAUUGCAUUCACUAGUUCUACAGUUAACCUUUCAUUGACAUAUAAAUAUAUUCAUCCAAGUUUGUGUUCAGAGAGAAUAAAACCUGUCUGACCUAUAUUUGUAUUCAAAGCCCUGUAAAAAUAAUAUUCAUAAAGUUCUUUUUCCAAUGAAUACAGCGUUUACGUGUUUUCUUUUCGUUAGCUUUAAGACAUUUCUUAAAACCAUUUUGCAAAAACGAUUAUUCAAAAACAGUCUUGGAAAUAACUUCAUAUGCCAGAGGCUUUUUUCAUGGUUACUUAGCAACAAUUACUGUAUUUACAACAAAAUGUUGCACUUUUAUCUGGUUUUGAUUAUACUGCUCUUGAAUAUGAUGAGUUUUUUUCUGGUACAAAACUUCUAUUGUGUUGUGCUGCUUGUCCCACAACAUGCAAUAGGAACCCUCCCACUUUGGUGAUGCAGAUUGCCUGCAUGGGGAUGCUUUAUGGAAAUGUCCAUAAUUCACUGAUCUAGAAUGUGCCAAAUUUAUGGUAAUUGCUGUAAUAGAGACAUUAGGAAUUUGCGUUGCACCUCAUACUGUUGUAUUGUUGUACAAUCAUUUAUGUUUAUGACUAUUGUUCUCUAGUGUUCUCUUUCAAAUGUGUUGUGAAUUAUUUAUGAUACUUUGAAUUAGUGAUGCAAACAUCACUUUGUGCAACAUUCCUAUAGUAGACUCAAUACAAUUAGUGUUAACAAUGUGAAAGGAAACAUAACGAAAGGUUGUUAUCCAAACUAACAGAAAUAUCUCUUGCAUACAGAAUGGUAUAUGCUUAAAAAUGUCCUGUUUUUGCACACACAAAUAGACUUUUCAUUUGUACAUAUUAAAUGAACAUUUCAGAUCGAAUUUUCAUUGUUUUAUUCAAUGUCCUUGCGUUAGAGAAAUAAACUAAUUAUAUUAAUUAUAUAAAUCCAACAAAGAAUUUAUAAACGAUGCUAUAAUGUUGUUCCUCUUAAAAAAAAUAUAUGCAGUUAUGAACACAAGUUUUAUAAUCAAAGGGAAAUAACUCACUUUUGACAAUAUUUGGGUUCUGGGACCAUUGCUGUUGCAUUUGUUAUAUUCUUUAAGCAAUAAUAGGUUAGGGAAUUGCAAUAUUCCAUUUAUUUACUAGCUAUGCUGGAAUUGUUUUUAUGCCCCCAGAUCGAAUGAUCAUGGGGAAUAUUGUUUUUGGCCUGUCUGUCUGUCUGUCAUUGUAUGUGUGUGUCUGUCCCAAAACUUUAAACUUUGCUCAUAAAAUGAAAACUCUUUGGUCUAUGUUCUUUAAACUUCACAUGUGCAUGCAUCUCAUUGAGAUCUACAAUCAAACAUGAUAUCAGGUCACUAGGUCAAAGGUCAAGGUCACUGUGACCUUUACAUUCAAAAUAUAACCUUGUUUCUAAAAUAGCUGCCGUGCGGCUUCAAAUUGCAGUAGGGGGCGUUGUGUUUCGAAAACAAGGCUCUUGUUGAUUAUUACACUAUCUACAAGUUCCCUUUUAUUGUGUUUUUAUUUCAGAAAUUUAUUUCUUUACAAUUAAGCCAUGCAGUUGUUUAGAAGAAUAUAUAUUUUAUGCUAGACAUUUUUUAAGUGACUUGCAGUAAGCCAUAAAUUGGAACUAUUUCCAACAUGGUAGAAUUAUUGCUAUUAAUUAUUGAAUAAGAAAACAGAGAUGUAUUGGUAUUUAUUAUAUUACAUACUUAUGAUCUGUAUUUUAAAUGUAUAAGCCCCUACUGGUGUAACUGCAUAGUUCUGUACGUGUAGCCCUAGUCCGUCUGAGUGUCUGUCUGUCUGUCAGAGUGUCCAUCUGAAUCUGGAUCCUUCGAUAACUCACAAAGUACUUAAGAUGUUGCUGAAACUUGGUAUGUGGAUAGAAGGCUGUAUUUGGAAUAUGUAUUUUAUUUCAUGUAAGACAACAUCUUUGGUUGCUUUGGUUACAGAGAUAUGUGAACAGUAAAAUCUGAAUGCUGCAAAAACUUCAAAAGUAUUUACCCUAUGUUGAUGAUACGUGGUAUGUGGAUAUAGGGCCAUAUGAUGAACAUGGUUGGUAUCUCAGUUUAUUUGUCAGACCAUAACUGGGUUGCUUUUGCUAUAGAAAUAAUUGAAACAUUUGGACCUUACAUUUGCAUUUUGCGAUAACUAGUAAGUACCAUGGCUAGGUUGAUGAAACGUAUGGAGGUCCUAUUCAUACUCCCAACAACAUUAACUUGGUAGGGGACUACUGUUUUGUUAGUGACAAAGCUCUUGUUGUUCAUGCUAUUUAUCCAUCUAAUUGUAUGUAUUGAUAUGAAAAAAUUGUUUUGAUCAUGUUUUGGAGACAUUAUGUUACAUAUUGUCUGUGAUGUAACUGUAAAUAAACAUGUGCUUAAUCUCAUGAA